AUGGAUGAGGACCAUCAACAUGAUCAGCAACCUUGCAAGAAGCCUCGGAUGGAUAAUGAAAUCUCAGAAUGUGCCACAGCGAUGAAAGUGGCUGGGUUUUCGUUGAGUGCCAUCGAGGAAAUGAAGACGCGACAUGUCGAUGGACAGACAGAAGAUUCCCUCGGCCAGCAAUUGCGAGAAUUCCAAGUGCUCGACGAAGUUGGAUCUGGAAGUGAAGAAUCUGAUGGCAGCGAACAGGAAGAAGACUCCUCCGAUUUAGAUUUUGACGAUGAGGAACUUGAUAAUUUGCUCGACGAAGGUUUGCCAGAAGAUUUAAAGGGACGUCAAAAACCUAAAUAUGAGGAACGUUUUAAAACAGUAUUAGAAGAAAAGGGUCACAAUCAUUUUGAGGUUUUACCCGAAGGAUGGCUUCAAGUGACCCACAAUAGUGGAAUGCCAUUGUUUUUGCACAAACAGUCACGAGUUUGUUGUGUAGCAAAACCCUAUUUCCUUGGUCCUGGUAGUGUUAGGAAACAUGAAAUACCCCUUGGUGCUGUACCAUGUUUAGGUUAUCGCAAAGCUCUCCUCGAAGAAGAAAAAGAGGAGGAACUACAAUCCAAAGCUGAAGCAGAAUCAAAUUCAAAUGAGUGCCCCUUUGCAGCUGAUGCUGCGAAUAGUCAAUCUAAUAGCAGCAGUGAUGAUAGGCCUCAAGUAAACGGUGGAGAAACUGUCAACAACAACAACAUCAACUCCAACAAGACAACAUCACAUCUUGCAACUGUGCCAGCUGCGAAAAUUGUAACUGUCAAAGAGAACACCAAAGCCCAAUCGAUUUCAGCCCAGGAACUCAACGAAUAUUGCCAGAAACUAUUCAAAUUCAAGACCAUCAAAGUCCUGAGAUUCGAAUCGUGGAAUGAACGUCGUCGAUUUACAAAAAAUCGAAAGCAUAUCAAGAAUCUGCAACGCCCAACACUGCCCGACGGGACAAAGUUGAUAAAAUUCCCAAUCCUACUGCCCAAAGGUGAGGCGGCCAAAAAUCCUCGAGCUCGAAAAGAAUGGAUCAUGAAUCCGAAUGGCAAAAGUUAUAUUUGCAUUUUGCACGAGUAUGUUCAGCAUGCCCUUAAAAAACAACCCACUUAUGAGUUUAUAGAAUUGGAAAAUGCCGCAACUCCUUAUGCAGCGACUGUAUCGAUAAACGAUCUCAAAUACGGAACUGGGUAUGGAACGAGUAAAAAGCAAGCGAAAUCUGAUGCAGCAAGAGAAACUCUAGAAAUUCUAAUACCCGAGAUGAAGGACAAGAUAACCGGCCUCAAGACCGAUAAAGUUUCAACGAAAACCAACCACAAGGAUCUUUCUGUUUUCGAUGAUAUUAAAAUCGAAGAUCCUCGAGUCGAAGAGUUUUGUAAUAAAACAACUGAACCUGUACCGCAUGCUAUAUUGUUGACGUGUUUGCAGAGAAAUUUCGGCUUGGGAGAUGUUCAAAUUAAUUACGAAAUCAAUCGAAGAAAAAACAAGAAAAAUGAAUUCACCAUGACUGUGGGCAAGCAUGUGGCCAAGGUGGUAUGUAAAAAUAAGAAGGAAGGCAAACAGCUGGCUUCGCAAGCUAUAUUACAGAUUCUCCAUCCGCACAUUAAAACUUGGGGUUCCUUACUUCGACUCUAUGGAAAUAAUUCAAUAAAAACCUUCAAAGAGAAAAAACUCGAAGAGCAAGAAAUUACCGUCUUGCAAAGCAAAGCCGCCAUUAAUCAGCCCAAUUAUGCAAUUUUAGAUAAACUUAAAAUCGAAAUGCAAAAAUUAUCGGAGAAAAAUAAAUCUGUACAAUCGAUCGGUACAUUCAUUCCACCUAAUGAUGUUGAUCUACCAACAUCAUCAGGAUCUAAUCUAACUAAUGUAGAAUUCUAGCAAAGAACAUUAAUUGUUAAAAAAGACUGCAAACAAAACUUAAAUUUAAAUUGAUUAAUUUGGAGCUGUAGACUUUUAAAAAAAAUAUUAUUUUAAGUUAUUAAGAAGAAGAAAACAAAAAGCACGAAUUGUGAUGCCCAAGCAACUGUACUUGUAUGUAAGUUUAAAUUAAAUUAAAGUUAUUUGUCUUCUCAGUUUUUAUUAGGUUCAAGAUUUUCCAUAAGGUCGAGACAUUUACAGAAAGAGGCACAUAUAUUUUUGUUAAUUUUAAAAGGUCAACAACUUUUUGUUCAUUAACCUUCUAAUUUCGGCAUCCGUAUCCAUGGACAAUAUUCAAGAGUGGCUUAAGGACUACCUUAACAGAAAUAAAUCUGCCUUUCAGUCUAAGCAUGCAGAUAAUGAGGAUAAAUUGUCUCGAUCAGUAAUGGGAUCUCAAACUUAUAAUUAUAUACAAAAACUCAACACACUCAUGACUCAUAGGUUUCUAACGCUUUAUAUUAAAAUAAAUUUAAAAAAUAAAAUAAAAAUAUGUACUAAUAAUGUAAGCACAA